AUGCCUCCAAAGAAAUCGCGUAACACUAACAAUGCUAAUGGUACAGCAGAUUCUAAUGAAGAAUCAGGUCGUCGUGAGACACCCAAAUAUGUAGCAGGUAAGAAUCCUAGACGUCAAGAUUUUGUUCCUGUUAUCUAUGACAAACCCUUAAAACCAGAUUCAGAAUUAUAUAGAGAUCUCAAUUGGAACAUACCAGAAUUUAAUCGGUUUAUAUCUUUUACUAUAGACAAUCUAAUUGACUUAUAUAGACCUAUCUUUAAAGAUUUCAUUAAAUUACCUAGUAGAAAAUUUCAUCCGCAAUACUAUUACAAAGUGGAUCAACCUAUGUCUUUGAAAGAGAUAAAAUCAAGGAAUUAUGAGUAUAAUGGAGGUUGUAGGGAUUUUUUAUUGGACCUUGAAUUGUUAGCAAAAAACUGUAACUCCUUCAACGAGGAAGACAGUUUAAUAGUCAAGAAUAGUUAUCAAGUGGUUAAUUAUGUCAAAUAUGAAGUCAUAAAGGGGAAAAACUUUAAAAGAAAUUACUUAAUAAAUAAAGAUGUUAAACAACGACUAUUGAAACAAAUUAAUAAACUAAUUGAUUCUACUGAGAGAGAAAUAAUUAAGGACAUGAACCAUGGGGAUAGGUCUGGCAGAAAUUUUAAACCAAGUGAACCAUUCUUAGAGUAUGUUGAUAGAGAAGAAUUGGCAGAAUAUUAUGAGGUUGUUCAUAGACCAAUGGCCCUAAAUGAAGUCGUCAGAAAUCUGGAAUCCGAUAAAUAUACCACCAUAUAUGAUUGUAUCAUUGACGUUUUGUUGAUAUUUGAUAAUGCACAAGUCUUUAAUGAUGCGGAUUCACCUAUCUAUGAGAGUUCAAAAUUAUUAUUGAAGUAUUUUGAUUACCUUUUAAAUCAUAUUUUUUUCCCUGAAUUACAAGAUUCUAAAGAACGUGGCGAAAUUACUCUUGAAUAUAAUAAAAUAAAUUAUAUUGCAUCAGGCAAUAGUAAUAGUAGUAAUAAUAUCAAUAACAUCCACUCUAAUAUUGUUACUGGGUUUGGUGGUAAUAUAAAUUUAAUAAAUGGUGGCCUAAUUAAUAAAGAUACAGAUACCUCUGGUGGCUUGGCACAUUUUUUGGGAUUACCAUUCUCUAAUGAGGCUGAUGAUUAUGAUCUCAAUCAUUUAGAAGGACUUGGUAAUGGUUACACAAAAACUUUGUUAUCUGCGAAUGGAGAUUAUCUGUUGGGUCCUAAUUUUAGAAUCAAUAGUAGAGACAAUAAUAAAAUGGAAUCAAAUAAAAGACAGAAACUUGAUAUGAGUGAGGAAAAACCAGAGGUAUUAAAAUUUAAUAUUUUGAAAUCUUUGCAAAAGACUUUUGUCUCUAAAGAUCAUGAAAUUUUGAAGGAACCCUUUGAAUUAAUCAAACAAAUUUCUAUUUCUUCUUCAAUGGAUGCAUAUCAACAAGCAGUCUAUCCUGCACCAAAUUCAAGACCACCAUAUGCACAAAAUUGGUUAGAUUACACGUUUGAUAUGAAAAAAUUAAAUAAACAUGAAAAUAUGUAUACAUUAUCUGUUCAACCAAAUCAAACAUCUUUACUUAUGGAUGUCUCUUUGAAUAUUUCGAAUUUGAAUAAUUCCUUAAUAGUAAAUAAUACAGAAGUUCCAUCUAUUAAACCUGCAACAUCAUCACCAUCACAGCAACAGCAACAACCUCAAGCCCAAUCUAUUGAUAAUGCUCAAACUUUAAAUCAAAACUCAAAAGAUAAUGAUGAAGAUAAAUCAGAAAGAUAUAGUCUAAGUUUAGUUGAAGGUACAAAUAAAAUACAAUUUAAGACUAGUACUCAAGUUACAACUGAAAUUUUUAUAGUUUGGAUUAACGUGUUACCAUAA